GGCGUUUCUACUUCUUCCUGGAAUACUGUGUCUGUCCUGGAAGCGUCAAGAAGUUUCUACAAUUUCAGGUUCAUGUUUAGUUUUUGAUCAUAGUAUCUAUUCCAGUACAUGUACCGGUAGUUGUUUUCUGAUUUCAUGAAGCAGCUGGACUGCUGUGUAGAUCACGUCUUCGUAUGACCAGUUUAGACGAAACUUCCCUGGUUACAUUUUUCUAGUGGAAUUGUGCCUAUGCUAGGCUUUGGGCAGUUUGAUAGAAGAAGCAGGCGAAGAGCUACAAAUUCAAUGUCACUUUUGGAUGAAUAUCUAUGAGUAAAGCACCCUUUCCCUGCGGCGAUGUCCAAUUUGAACAGUCCUCAGGAGUUGCCUCGUGUGUCACCUUCACAGCCGCUGAUAUGUCAUCCCAGUGGUUAUUUUCUGUCAUUGCCACAAGCAAGACAAUUGCAGCUGUCAACUGACCUGAAUGAGCCACCAGACCAUUGGCUGCACAGCAAUGCGCAGGCUCAGUCGCACCCGAGGUCUCCACAUGUGUCUCCGACACCAGGAGCAGCAGAUACUGCCCAUUCACCUGCCCAGCACAAGCAGCCACCAACUGAACAGUUUGUUUCUCAAGGAAUUAGCAAUGCUAGUCCGGCUGACAGUCCUAUCACUGGCAAGUCAUCGGUUAUUCGUCCACCUCCAGGUCUUGGCCCUAUCUCAUCUAAUGCUCCUCCAGGUCUUGGUCCUGUCUCAUCUAGUGCUCCUCCAGGUCUUGGUCCUGUCUCAUCUAGUGCUCCUCCAGGUCUUGGUCCGGUCUCAUCUAGUAGUCAGCAAUUGUCUAGGGCCAUGCAAGCCAACGUGCAACCCCAUUCCAGUGCUCUGGUGCCGCGUGUGCCUAGUGACGUGGCCGAUGUACAGUUUGCAGGCGUUGCAGAGCCGAGCCACGUACCGCAUCAUCCGUCUUUUGGGCCGGAGCCAUGUGUCCUUGAGCCCACAACGCUUGCCGACAAGAUUCCACCGUCCUUCGGCAAGCUGUUGGCAACCGUGCCCAGUAGUACGUUGAAGCCACAUCCGGACGAGGCAUCGGACAUACUCAAUUCUGCCGGCAGGUUCACUUGGUCGGACUUGCCACCAGCCAGCUCUCUCAUAGCUGAGGCUCAUCCAGAUGCUGUUGGAAAAGUCGACAUCAUUGGCUCAGCCGAGGCUGUGAAGAGUUUGCUGGAAGCUCCUUACUCUGAUACACCUCUAAGCUUGGCUGUUCAUCGCGUCGAUCGAACACUGCUGGUAGAUUCUCUUGAUCUGAGUAAUCUCUACAGGGCACAAAGACCACCGGCAGGUGCAGCUUUUGAUCAUGCAUCUCAAUCGAAGCCGUCAUCUCACCGUCAGCAAUCUUCAUCCAGCGAGGCAGACUUUUCAUCCUCUUCGAGCCACCCGAGUGCUGCAGCGGCUGCGCCUGUGGGUGGUAAGAGCCACCAUGGUGGUCUUCUUGGUGUCAUGCAGGAAGCUGUCAAGUCGGACAGGACUCACGUCUCCCAGCGUGUUCUUCGGCCUGUGAAGAAAGACAGCGAGAAAGCACGCAGCAGAAAACUAUUCUCCAAGUUUAUGGCACACAGCUUGGCUGCACCUGGAGAUGCUGAGGAUGAAGAAGUGUUGCCAGAGCAUGCAGACAAUUACGGGCUGUCCUAUCCCCAGGAAUUCCAGACUAUUCUGCCCAGCGCAUCACCUCGGCUGCCAACUGCUGAUUCUUCCUCUCCUGCUACCAAUGUCAUGCCAUCAGCCUCAGCAUCAGCCUCAGCAUCAGCCGCAGCAUCAGCCGCAGCAUCAGCCUCAGCAUCAGCCUCAGCAUCAGCCGCAGCAUCCUCAGCAGCAGUGCCAGUCCGUAAAAGUCAUCAAGCAAUGCUUCACUCUGCCAGUGACAUAGCAAUGCUUCACUCUGCCAGUGACAUAGCAAAGUGGAAAGCCCAACACAGGGAACUUAUGUCUGGUGAAUAUGACCGCAGGCCAUCAUUGUCCUCAUCAUUGCCAUCAUCAUCCACAGCAGCAGCAGCAGCAGCAGGUGGUGGCAGCAGUUCUGCUGACAGUUCUUUCAUGGCUGGUGCAUCAUCUGGUGUGAAAGGCACCGGCUGGCUGCAGCCUUCACAUGACAUUCACAGCGCCGCUGGCAGCAUUUCCGUGCAAUCGCAGGCAGAGACGUCAUCUCUGGCUGGCCGUCACGUUCGCAAUCAAGUUGCGGCAAGUCUCGCGAGACCGACGAUGCCCGAGGCCUGGGCCAAUGCCAGUCACCCUGCGGCGGCGGCACCACCGGCAUUGCCCAGUACAGACAGUGAUAGCAGUGUUGUAGUACAUGACGGCAAAGCAGGCUGGACGGCGCCAGCAUCAGCAACAGCGCAAGCACCAGCUGGAGCAGCAGCAGGAGGAGGAAACGAAGAAGAAGACACAGUACAGCCACCGGUACAAUGCUCCGUUCCUCUCAAACCUCGUCCCGUCGCGGUCGGUUCGUUCGGGUCGUACGGCAUGGUCCAUCCAGACUCCGGAGUGACAUCAUCUUCUACCAUAUACAACAUGGGUUGGCAGUGGCCAUUCAGUCGCCAUGUCGAGUGGGUGUUCAAGGAUCUGCGGAUGCUGCUCGGCACGAACAUGCCCAUAUUUGGAUGCGGCAAGUAUCCCGCCGUCAGCUUGAAGCUAGUUGACGUGGCGCAGAGGAUCGAUGUGUUGACGGGCAUAGACUAUUGGCUGGAUAAUCUCAUGUGUGGAGUUCCUGACCUGGUCAUGUGUUUUCACCUCAAUGGAGUGGUUAAGGGCUACGACUGGCACAAAACAAUGGAUCUUCCCAAUCUUGCUGCAAGCUCUUUCAACCCUGAACUAAUUUCUGAUGUUGCUAACAAUAUCUACAAUUUCCUGUACCGCACCACGGCCCAGGAGGGGCACACCUACUGGCUCUGCAAAGACCGAGACGAUGACUUCGUGCGUGUCUACGAUCUCACGGCGAUCUGUUUCAGGAAACCUGGCCGAAGCACAGCGGACAAUCCCUACACAAUCCCUGUAGCUAUGCUCCUCUAUAGGACGGCAAAGUAUUGGAUGUUCUCGGAGCAUGGCAAGAUGACUACAUCGCGAACGCGUGACAUCUUUGAGCUGUUGAAGAACACCAUUCACCUGCUGCAGGGUGACACGACGUGUCCGGAAGUACAGGUAUCCGCACUGUAUCUGCUCUCGACUCUCUGCGUCGACCGUCGCAACACAACCAUUGCCGAUGGAUCUCCAGUUUUGCUCAUUGAAGAGCCCAACUUUGACGAGGCAGAUGGCAAAGACCCUGCCGACUCCGAGAGUCCAGGGCUUUCACCACCAUCGACUCCUCCUACUGUGGAAAGAUCUACAAAUGAAUCAGAUGCAGAUGGUUGGCGGCAGGAUGGCCCGAAGAAGCCUGGUGACGGAGAGACCAUGAGUGACGGUAGAGAAGUCCAUUGUUCUGUCCCUUCAGCGCGUUCGCAGUCCUGUUCGUCUGUUACUACUACUGUUCAGUCAAUUGAUGUACUGCUCAAGUCCAGCUUUUCAAAGCGGAAGGAGAAAGACAAGCAUCCAUCUCCGCCACCACCAAAUACCAAUGAAAGAAUUCAACAGACGAUUGAGCUUAUUGAAGAGGGUCUCCUCAUGCUAAGUGAGUGGCAGAGUAGUGUUGCUAUCGUGUUGAGCAGCGUUGAAACUAUCUCUGGAGCAACGAGGUCUACUGGUUCCUCAGCACCUGGCAACGCCACUGCUGCGGCUGGCCUCCGUAGCAAUGAUCAGAAUGCUGGCGUGACUGUCAAGGGAAUGGCUAACAUCACUACUGCAACUGCUAGCAACCCAGCUGUCGGCAAACAGUACGGGCUUGUUGAACUGCUUCACCAGCAUACUGGCCAGGCCGAUCCUAGUACACCACAGCCCACCGCCUCUACAUCCAAGCGGAAAGGCAAGAAAAAGCGAGCAGCUUCGAAGAAGGACUCUGUACCUGAGGUUAAGUCAUCCACUGGUGUGUCACUGCAGGAUGGCCAGCAGCCACAUGUAGGCAGUCAGCAUGCAAGUACUAAUGCAGACGACGCACUGCUAGCUUCUGAAAGCCAAACAAGCCACGAGGUUGUUGACAUAGCCAAGUCGGCUACAACCAGUACUGCUGGUGUACAAUGUGAGGGGUGUGUUGAUACGGGUGAAGCAAAACCAAUGCAUGAUGCCUCGUGUACUGCCGUCGACAUCUCCGGCCCGGGCCCUCUUGUUUCUGGCGCUGACACAAGUCGUAGAGGUAGUGAAGACAGCCUGCGCAGUCGUGCACACUCGUUUCACAAUGCCAAGGCAGAGCAGCCAGCCAGCAGCGAUGCCGUGCAGAUUGACCUACGUCUGGACAGUGUUGGCGCGGUCCACGAAGACCUGUGCAGCUGCUCGCAGCCCUGGUUUCUUCAUGCCACACUGCUGCUGUGCAACCAGGCCGGUCUAGCCAUGCACGGACUGGCGUCGGAUAGUCUGAAAACUGAACAUGCUGGCCGUGCCCUGCGCUACCUGAACAUUGCCGCAGCUUGCUUUCAGGUUGGAGAGCGACUUUUACAGCACCUGUGUUCAUUCAAAUGCCCAGAAGCUGCCAAAAUCACCAGCUUUUCAGCCAACGCCAUUGCUGUCAUGGCCUUGAAAGUCCAAGCAUUUGAUGCAUUGAGAAAUAAGGGUCCGGAUGUAACCCCAUUGUCUUUUGAACGCCAUGCUGAAGAGUAUGCUGCUCAGGCAUGUGGUGAUAGAUUGACAGCCUGGCUGAAACAGGUCUUGCCCAACCAAUCCUGCUUCCACCCGGUUGUACUUACCAAUGAUGCUGACAUUCUCGGCAAGGAGAUACACGAUGUGUGUUGCAGUCUGAUGCAAGUUGGUCUGGACAUUCCCAGUGGUCUGGCAAGAACGUGUGUGUGCUUUGCUGCUCAAGCGUGCCAUGAUGUCAGCAUGAAUGAAAUGAGUAAAAUCAGUGGCUUCCUUGUACAGGCAACCCUCGGCGAGGCUCAGAAUGACCAUGAUGCUGUAACACAAAACCUAAGUGUUGCAAGACUGACAUCGUCUUCAGCAGAUAUGUCCUCGCUACAAACUGUAGCUGAUGCACUCGAACGGGUGGAGAAAUUUGACCAGGCAGUAGCAUGCCGCCGCAACAUGGCACACUGCGUCUUCCUGAGAAGUGUGGUGGAGUAUCCAUCGUUCUUCCUCUACUUGCCCAGCCACUAUCAAUCACUUGCGUUAGCUGAUCAGCAAACCCAGUACAAACAUGUUCUAGAUCUCAUGUCAGUGGAACAAUGCCAACAUGAGAAAGGUCUGAGUGUGUUCAAUGUCAUCAAGUCAAGUGCUCCUAAGCAACUGCAGAGUCGACUUGUGUUCAGCAAUCUUUUCAUUCUGCUCUGCAAAGCUUGCUUCAUGGUCUCGCAUAAGAUGCUGGGAACAGUGGCUGUGGACUUUGAGCCAGUCAUGAACCUGCUUCACUCUGUUGAUGAGAAGAUCAAACAAGCUUUCAAACUCUCCAGUCUGGACUUGAUCAGCAAGGCGCAGUUGGACAUGGCUACUUGCCUGGUUCAUCUAAGUCGAGCAGCAUUCAUAUUGGAGACGCUACGGGAAAUGAGUGAUCCGACACAAGCACCAGCAAGAAGGAAAUCACCGGAUUUUCUGAAGGCCAAGUUCAUGAGCAAUCUGAAUAAUGCUAAAGAGCAUGCAGAUCUGCACAACGAUGCUCACAUCAAUGUGGUGCUGGUCCGUGUCCGGCUGGACUUCCUCUACCUUAGCCUCAAGAGUGAGAAGCACACUGCAGACUCUGCCUACUCUCAGCUAUUCAAUAUGGUGGGGACGUGUGUGUCUCUGCAAGGGCCCGCGCAGUCCAGCUUAGAUCAUUUCAAGAAAACACCGGGUGCCGAUGGUGCUGGUGUGGACUCACUGCUGUGUCUGCAGGGCUGUGAUGGCCGCGCCGGCCUGCUGGCGUUCCUCAGCGUCGCCCACCUGAGCAAGAAGUGCCGGCAUUCUCGCAUGCAGUCCAUCCUGUGUGAUUUCAACGACGUGCACGUGUGUCUUCUGGACGUACUGCAGAAGCUGGCACGUAUUCAAUCACGCAAUGAAAAUCGACGGGCAGAAGAGCCCGACUGGAAGCGCCUUUAUGGCCGUGCUCUGAAGGGCCGCAGGAUUUUUGAUGGAGCAAAUUUGGUGAUUGAGAAGGUCACAGCGUUUCUGGAAGACUUCGUCAGCCUCCUCUCUGACUUGGCGAGUGAGAUGGAAAGAGUUCUCAAGCGUCUUGGAUCUUCUGCCUGAGUCAUACAUGUACAUGGCUACGUGAUAAGUUCAUCUUGAAAUGGAAUGAAGCCGUGGGUAUCAUGCUUGCUGAGUGUGUGCAUGUGUGUGUGUGUUUGUAUGUGUGUGUGCGUGUGUGUGUGUGUGUGUAUUUGUGCAUGCAUGUGUGUGUGUGUGUGCAUGCGCGCGUGCGUGUGUGCGUGUGUGUGUGUGUGUACAUGUGUGUACAUGUGUGCAUGUGCAUGUGUUGUUUGCAUACACCCAUGCAUGUAGCUUGGUCAUGUCAUUACCCACGGCGUAAUCGGCAAUUUAGCGCCUCAAAUUUUAUUUUCCUUAUAUUUUCAUGUGCACAGGUCUAUAGUAUUUUCAAAUCAUUGUACUUCGAAGUAAAAAUAGUUCUUACCAUCGGUGGUGCCAACACUUACGUGUUCUCAACAUGUCGAUAGUUUUUUAGUCAGGCAAAAAGUCCCUAACUGAUGCGCUGCUGCUGCUGCUGCUGCUGCUGCUGCUGGCACUGUUGUGUUUUCAUCGGCGUGCAAUGAUUGUCAUCAGCACUUUGCCAGGAGUUUAGAAUUGCUUUUUUGUGUUCAAGAUAAUAAUUAUUAAUUCCUAUCCUACUGUGAUAUGAGGAGUGUUCCAGGUGACGAUGGA